AUGUCGGAACACGUGGCACUAUACGUCCUUUCAGGAUCCUCAUCGAAGGGUGAGAUUGUCCUCAAACAUAUCCGAUCAAGCGACUUCAUCGACGAAAUCAAUAGCGGUGAAGGCCCACGCGAAGAGUGCGGUCUCUACAACCUCAUUCAGCUGGUGCAACCUUCCGAUUCCUCGAUCAAGCUCAACUCUGAGAAGGACGUGCUAGAAUACCAUUCCAAGCUGUUGAAGGACAAUGCAAGUGCAAAGGUCGACGGCAAAGAUGCCAAGUGGAACGGAAACUGCGUUUUGAUCGCAGACAAGGAUCAGGACGAUUUGGUUUAUGUGCUGCAGUUGCAAGGUGGGGAAGUGGAGCAGAGAUUGAAAGCUAAAGCCAGGUCCUCAGUUGAGGUGGCUUCCAACGUCUCAAUUGCCAACAUGUCGAUUCAGGAGUACAAGGACAUGAGCGGCAAUGCCGAAGUCUACGACGCUGGGCAAUAG